AUGUUUAAUUUCAGUGAAAAAUGAUGGAACCAGUUGAAGAGUGCGAUGAAAAUGUUGGAGCAUUCCAAUGGCAGCAAGCGUCAGAGACUUUGACUGCAAUUCGUCAGCGGUUUGGGUUUGCGCUGGAGACUGCUGAUCAGGAAGAUCAGGCGCGAGCAGUGAGGUUUACUUGGAGUCUGAAGAAAACGUCGAUGUUGGAACCGGAUGAAAUUUUAAAAGAAAUUCAAAAAGUUCUUGAAAGCUAUGGCAUUGAUUAUGAACAACAAAAACGAUACCUUCUUCGGUGCAGUCAUGUGGAUCCUCUCACUGAUGCUUCAGUAAAGUGGGAUAUCGAGGUCUGCACACUACCACGCUUGUAUUUGAAUGGAGUUCAUUUUCAACGAAUUUCGGGAAGCUCGAGCGACUUCAAGAACAUUACUACGAAAAUAUCGGAAGAGCUUGAUAUUUAAUUCUUAGUUUUUCUCAUACGUCCCUUGAAUAAAUUAAAUACUUU